CUCAUAAUUAUAUUUAAGGCAUUUUCAUUGGUCGAAGCAACUCGUCCUACAUCACAUGUUCGGGUUCAAGAAAGGUCAGCGGUUAAAACAACUUGCGAUAUUUGCAUAAGGUUGCGAACUGCACCAUUUGUAUACAGUUUUUGCAUAGAGAGGAGUACAUUUGAUAUAUGUGUAAGAAAUCAAGUGAGUGAUACAGACCAUGCCUGCUCACAGCUUUGAUGAAGCUUCGGUUAUAUCGGGUAACUUAGAGCCGGUGUCACCAGUCAUAGGUGAUGGAGCCCAACACAUUGUUACAAACCCGCCACGUUGUAGUGGGCAGGUAGUCAUCAGUGGUGUGUCUUGUCGCCUCCCACAGUCUGCCAACAUGGAGGAGUUUACUGACAACUUGAUGAACGGUGUUGACAUGGUUACAGAAGAUGAUUCUCGAUGGACUCCUGGUCUCUAUGGGUUACCAAGGAGAAGUGGUAAACUAAAGAACCUGUCCAAGUUUGACGCUGCAUUCUUUGGAGUGCACCCCAAACAAGCCAACAGUAUGGAUCCACAGCUAAGACUUCUCUUGGAGGUCACAUAUGAGGCGAUUGUUGAUGCAGGUGUAAACCCAGACACAGUUCGUGGUUCAAGGACAGGGGUAUUUAUUGGCGCCAGUGCAUCUGAGAGUCAUGAAGCCUGGUCAGCAGACCCUGAGGCAGCCCCUGGGUACAGCAUGACGGGCUGUACACGGUCCAUGUUCGCUAACAGACUUUCUUACUUCUUUGAUUUCAAAGGUCCGAGCUAUACAGUUGACACAGCCUGUUCUUCAAGUCUUCUCGCCUUGGACCAGGCUUUGCACAGCAUCCGCACUGGCCUUUGUGAGGCGGCCAUUGUUGGCGGCUCCAACCUGUGCCUCAAACCGGCAGUGGCUGCACAAUUCAUGAAACUGGGCAUGCUCUCGCCAGACGGCAUGUGUAAAUCAUUUGACGCACAAGGCAAUGGAUACUGUCGCAGUGAAGGUGUGAUUGCCAUGUAUCUGCAGAAGGAACCAGUUGCUAGAAGGAUCUACUGCACUCUUGUCCAUUCCAAAACAAAUAGUGAUGGCAACAAAGAACAGGGCAUCACAUUUCCAUCAGGUGCUGUACAGAAACAGUUGUUGGAGGAGGUAUACUCCGAGGCAGGACUCAGCCCAGCCCUGGUGUCCUAUGUGGAGGCCCAUGGGACAGGCACAAAGGCAGGGGAUCCACAGGAAGUGAACACAAUAUGUGACAUAUUCUGCAAAGGUAGGACAGAACCUUUGCCCAUCGGUUCGGUGAAAUCCAAUAUGGGGCACUCUGAGCCUGCCUCAGGACUGGCAGCUGUUGCUAAAGUGAUAGUUGCUAUGGAGGAAGGUUGCAUCCCUGGUAACCUGCACUUCCAUGAACCAAACCCAGAUAUUCCAGGCCUGGCUGACGGGCGGUUGAAGGUUGUAGACAGAAAUAUAACAUGGCGUGGUGGACUGGUGGGUGUCAACUCCUUUGGGUUUGGAGGUUCCAAUGUUCAUGCGGUAUUAAAGUCCAAUUACACCAGCGAGAAAACAUUAUGUAGGAACUGUGAGAAGAAACGUUUGCUUGUGCAUAGCUCAAGGUCAGAAGAUGGGUUGAAGAAAGCAUUGAAGAAGGUAAGAGGUCAUUCCAGUGACCUUCACCUUCACAAACUCCUGCAUGAGACAGCACACCUUCCGGUCAGCACCCAUCCAUACAGAGGCUUCACAGUACUGAAUGGCUCAGAGAAUGUUAAUGUGCAGCGGUGCUCAGAUGACGGUAGGCCUGUCUGGUAUGUGUUUGCGGGAAUGGGCACACAAUGGCCGACCAUGGGCCGCCAGAUGAUGGAGAUGGAAGUGUUCAAAGAGUCGAUCCUGAAAUCUGACGCCAUCCUGCGUCCGUAUGGAGUGAAACUGUACGACCUGCUGUUGAACGAAGAUGAUAAUGCUCUGGAAGACACUGUCCACUCUUUUGUUGGAAUUGCCGCUAUUCAGGUAGCUUUGGUAGAUGUCCUCUCGCAGAUGGGAAUCUCUGCUGACGGCAUUGUGGGCCACUCAGUUGGAGAGCUCGGUUGUGCGUACGCUGAUGGAAGUCUGACUGCGGAAGAGACAGUGCUAGCUGCGUACUGGAGAGGGCGCUGUAUUCAGAAUGCCAAACUUCCACCCGGAGGAAUGGCAGCAGUUGGUCUCACAUGGCAGGAAGCCCAAGAACAGUGCCCCCAGGGAGUGGUGCCUGCGUGCCACAAUGCCAAGGACACAGUUACCAUAUCAGGACCACAGGCACUGGUGCAUGCCUUUGUACAGCAGCUCAAGGACAGACAGGUGUUUGCCAAGGAGGUGAACAGUGCUGGGGUUGCCUUCCACUCGUACUACAUGAAGGACAUUGCCUCUUCCUUGAAGACUGCUCUGGAUCAGGUGAUCACUUCACCACGGAGACGCAGCAGUCGCUGGGUGAGCUCAUCCAUUCCAGAAGCUCAGUGGUCAUCGGAGCUCGCUCAAUUCUCCUCCGCAGACUAUCACGUAAACAACCUUGUUAGCCCAGUGCUGUUCCAGGAGGCACUGCAGCAUGUGCCUAGCAACGCAGUUGUCAUAGAGAUAGGACCCCACUGCCUCCUUCAGGCCAUUCUGAAGAGGUCCCUUGCCAAGGAAUGCUGCAUUGUGGGAUUAAUGAAGAGAGGACAUGAGGAUAAUCUGGAAUUCUGUCUCAGCAGUCUUGGAAAAUGCUACCAGAAUGGUAUGAAGUUGAAUCCCCUGGGUGUGUGCCCCAGUGUCCAUUACCCGGUUCCCCGAGGCACUCCCAUGAUAUCACCCCUUGUCUCCUGGGACCACACCCACUCCUGGAAUGUCCCAACGGCCGACAUGUUCGUGGGGGGCGGAGCUAACUCCUCUGGGUGUGGCUUUGAUAUUGACAUAUCUGGCGAUUCAGAAGACCAGUCUCUGAUUGGCCACAAAAUUGAUGGGCGUGUCCUGUUUCCUGCCACUGGUUACCUGAUGUUGGCAUGGAAGACUUUGGCAAAGUUGAAUCAUAAGAAUUUCGAAGAAAUGCCAGUCAAGUUUGAGGAUUUUACCAUUCACAGGGCAACUAUAUUGCCUGACCAUGGAAAAGUUCAUUUCUUAGUUACGGUCAUGUCAGGGACAGGUAACUUUGAGAUACUAGAGGGAGGCAGUGUGGUUGCUAAUGGUAGAGUUACUUCCCUUGAGGAUGGGGAUGCGAUUGUGCCUACAGGGUUGCCAGGGGAGACUACUGGUGACUUCCAGCUUUCAGCAGCUGACAUCUACAAGGAACUGAGGCUGCGUGGCUAUGACUAUGGUCCCACCUUCCAGGGCAUCCAUGCUGCUGAUAUGACUGGCACACAAGGUCAGCUACUGUGGACGGGUGACUGGGUCUCAUUCAUGGACACGAUGUUACAGAUGUGCAUUCUGGCCCGCCCAGGCCAGGGACUGUGUCUGCCCACACGUAUCAGGUCACUAUCAGUGGACCCUGUCCUUCAUCUGCAAUUGUUGGUCGAACUUUGUCCUGGUGUACAUGGUUUUCCAGUGCAUGUGGACCUGUAUGGUGAUACUUGUUCAUCUGGUGGAGUUGUCAUACAGAAUCUGCAUGCGAGCUCUGCCCCACGUCGUCAUGACUACCAUACCCCAGUCCUAGAAUCCUACACCUUCAUACCCAACAUAGGCUACACUCCAGUCAGCACAUCCCAGUCUCUUGACCAAUAUGUGGCAGCUUGCUCCAGAUAUGCUAGAUCUGGGCUUUUGAAAAUUCUUGACUCGUGUCAAGGGAAUGGUAAGAUUAUUCGUCAGUUCUUGGAAAGUGAACCAUUCCAUGAUGAACAACUGGGCACUGAAUCGUCAUUAAGCGAGCAGGGCAGUCUUUUCUCAGUAUUACAACAGAUAUUUGAUUCUAGUCCCGGCUCUGAUCAGAGUUUUCCUAGUCAUCUUGACAGUAUUGUGAAGGCAAACCAAGACAUUCUUAAGACUGACCAAGUUUUCACACAGUUGUUGGAACCAAAGACCCUUAAACCAUGUUUAGAUUUGGUUGUUGAAAAUAUACCUACAUUAAACUUGCGGAUAAUGGAAGUGUCUGGGUCCACAAUUCUGCAGCGGGCCAUGAAACUCUUGUCCACUCAUCCCACUCUUCAGACGACAUUCACUAUUGCAUCACAUGACAGUAUUAAAGAAGAACUUGAAGGCAUUGAGUAUAUGAAAUGGUCGCCAGACGAAAAACCCACUGGAGGGAAAAGAUCUCAUCUUGUGAUUAUGGAUAAUGUUCUCCAUAAUCAGCACAAUUUUGAAACCAGUCUUAGAAAUGUUCAAGAAUCUCUAGAAGAUGGUGGGUUUGUUCUGAUUCAAGAGCAUACCAAAGAGUUCCACUUGGCCUUUGUAUUGGAGAAAUUUGAUGAUAUAUUGUAUGAAAAUGAUAUUGAAGGUAGAUCUUGUGGUAUUUAUUGUUCAGCUGAAAAAUGGAGGAAUGUAUUCUCAGAAAAUUGUAUGGAUGUUGUGUUUGAAAGAUCUGAUUCCAUUUCAUCACUUUUCUUGUUAAGAAAGUGUAACCAGUCAAAAGUUACCGUUCAGAGGGUACUAAAUGUGUCAGAAAUGAACUUUUCAUGGGUGGAUGAGUUGAAGGCAGAGAUAGCGUUAUUGCAGUCUCGGCCAAAGGGAGAGAACCUAUGGUUGAAAGCAGACGUAAAUAUCAGUGGCAUCAUUGGAAUGGUCAACUGCUUGAGACAGGAACCAGGCGGAGAUAGGAUACGCUGCAUAUUCACUGACGGAACUGAUGACAGGAAUGAUCAGAUGUUGAAACUGUGCAGACGAAACCUCGUUAUGAAUGUGUGGCAGGGCUCCACGUGGGGAACAUUAAGACAUCUGCCUUUACAAGCAAGUUUGACCAAGCCAUGCAAGCAUGCCUUUGUGAAUGUUCAGACACGUGGGGACCUUUCUAGCCUGCGUUGGAUCCAGUCGCCCCUGGAGCACCACGUAGCCGUAGACAAGACUUCUGACCUCUGUGAGGUCCACUACGCCUCGCUGAACUUUCGCGACAUAAUGUUGGCCACAGGAAAGCUUCCCCCAGAUGCCAUCCCAGGUCACCAUGCCAACCAGGACUGUCUGCUGGGCAUGGAGUUCUCUGGUAGAGACUCGUCCGGGCAGAGAGUGAUGGGGCUAGUCCCAGCUAAAGGCUUGGCAACAUUUGUUGAUGUCAACAAGACCUUCCUGUGGCCUAUACCUGACCACUGGUCACUCCAGGAUGCUGCUACAGUUCCUGUUGUCUAUACCACAGCCUACUAUGCCCUGGUCGUCAGGGGCCAUAUUCACCAUGGUAACCGAGUGCUCAUUCACUCCGGAAGUGGUGGGGUGGGACAGGCAGCUAUUGCAAUUGCGCUCAGCUAUGGUUGUGAGGUAUUUACCACUGUGGGAUCUAAGGAAAAGAAGGAAUACCUGAAACAACGCUUCCCACAACUGGAAGACAAACAUUUUUUCAACUCCAGAGACACUUUCUUUGAGCAUGGGAUUCUUACUGCCACAAAGGGCAAAGGGGUCGACAUUGUGUUGAAUUCACUAGCUGAAGAGAAAUUACAGGCGAGUUUACGAGUUCUAGCCCAGCAUGGUCGUUUCUUGGAGAUUGGAAAGUUUGAUCUCUCAAAUAACAGCAAUUUAGGCAUGUCCGUUUUCCUGAAGAACAUCAGUUUCCAUGGUAUUCUACUGGAUGCCCUGUUUGAGCCUGGGAACCAGGACUGGGCGGCUGUGUCAGAUCUGCUGCGGGCAGGGAUCCAGUCAGGCGCGGUACUGCCCCUUCAGGGCUCUGUGUUUGACAGGGAUGAUGUGGAGGGGGGCUUCCGAUAUAUGGCCCAGGGCAAACACAUCGGCAAAGUGCUUAUACAGGUACAAACAGAAGUCAAUGAGUCCCCUGUCCCAGUGUUAGCCCUCCCUCGAACCUCCUGCCACUCAGAGAAAUGUUACGUGAUCACAGGAGGGCUGGGGGGGUUUGGCCUUGAACUUGCCCAGUGGCUUGUGGACCGGGGAGCCACCUGCCUGGUUCUCACCUCCAGGUCAGGGGUCAAAACUGGGUACCAGGCCAGGAAGAUUCACCAGUUGAAGGAGCGAGGUGUUGAGGUCAUUGUAUCUACAGCAGAUGUGUGCGACCAGUCUAUUGCACAUGACCUUGUGACCCAGAUUUGCCCGAGGCCCCUGGGGGGUGUUUUCCACCUUGCUAUGGUUUUGAAAGAUGGUUAUAUUGAGAACCUAGAUGUUGAAUCAUUCAACAGAGUAUGUGAGCCAAAAGUGACUGGCACUAUCAAUCUUGAUAAGGUCACAAGAGAGUGUUGUAAGGAGAGCUGUGAUUGGUUUGUUGUGUUCUCUUCUGUAAGCUGUGGGCGCGGAAAUGCUGGCCAAUCAAAUUAUGGUUUUGCAAAUUCUGUCAUGGAAAGAAUUUGUGAAGACAGACAGAAAUGUGGUUUCCCAGGUUUGGCUGUACAGUGGGGAGCAAUUGGCGAUGUUGGCAUUGUCUUGGAAACCAUGGGUAACAAUGACACAGUGAUAGGUGGCACACUUCCGCAACGAAUCACGUCCUGUUUGUCAACUCUUGACCUGUUUCUUUGCCAAUCAGCUCCUGUAGUCUCAAGCUUUGUGCCUGCUGAGAGGGAGUCCACUGGUGGGAAUUCUCAUGAGAAAAUUGACCUGGUCCAUGCUGUGUGUCAUAUACUAGGCAUAUCUGACCCAAGUAGCAUCAAUCCUGAUGUGACGCUUGGUGACCUUGGCCUAGAUUCCAUGAUGAGUGUAGAGGUGAAGCAGACUCUUGAGAGAGGCUUUGACAUUGUCAUGGCUGCAAGGGAUAUUAGACUGCUCACUAUCAACAAACUGGCUUCCUUGGCAACAGGUCAGGGUCAGGAACAGAGUUCACAAGUCAAAGUUGAAGGCCAUACAACCAAGGAUACACAAGGGAUAUCUCAGGUGGACGUCUUGCCAACAGAUUUGAUAGUCCCAUUAAAUGAGGGAAAGUAUGGAAGGACCAGGCUGUAUGUCAUUCAUCCUAUUGAAGGAACUGUGUCCAGUCUGCGAGAAGUAGCCAGCUACAUACACUGCCCAGUGUUUGGUGUCCAAUGUACCACCGAGGUCCCUCUGACAAGUAUACAGGAUAUGGCAGCCUUUUACAAAUCUGCUAUCACAAAACACAAUGGACUAGAGCCUUUCCAUUUGAGCGGCUAUUCGUUUGGGGCCUGUGUUGCCAUAGAGAUAGCAUUGCAGUUCGACCAAUCAUCUGACAGCCUCACUUCACCAUUGGCCUCGCUUAGCCUGUUAGAUGGGUCACACAAGUUUGUGGCUGCCCACACAGGCUCCUUCAGGCAACAACUCAGUAUCACUGACAGUUCUCAAGCGGAAACUGCUGCAAUGUGCAGCUUCAUGGAGAUAUAUGGAGUUCCCAUGAAGUCUGAGGCGACUGCAAAGCUGUCACAAGCUUCAUCCUUUGAGGAAAGACUACGACUUACAGCCGAGACAAUCGUGUCAACUCGUCCCAGCAUCUCCCAAUCCGACCUUGAAAUGGCUGCCAGGGCUUUCUUCAGUCGACUGAUGAUCAGUGAAACGUAUCGACUCGGCCUUACAAGCUCACGAGAUGUCACCCUGUUUGUGGCCGAGAGCAGCAGCAUGGUCUCUGGGCAUCUAGGCAGUGACUAUGGUCUCAAGGAGGUUUUCUCCGGCACAGUCCAUAUGCAUAAGGUCCCUGGUGAUCAUGUGACAUUCAUAACUGGGAACUCCGGGAAGCAAGUUGCAGUCUUAUUGGAAGAUUUCAUGUCAACGUCUCCAUGUAAAAGGUGUCUGAAUUAACAAAACAGGUCAUGAUACUGUGCAAUUAUAUAUUUCUAUUGAAAGAGGAAGAAGACUAAUUCAAAGUGUUUUUGUUUUCCAAAAUGUAUGCUGCAUAUCAGGUUUUCCCAAUAUUUAAUGGUUGUUGAUGCAUUGAUACCAUAUGAUAUUUAUUUCUGAUACAUUGAUGUAUAUAAUUUGUUGGAAAAAGAAAGCUACAAUAAGUCAAACUAGGCCUGUGAAACUUUCAGACUAUUUUAUUUAUUACAUAUACAUUCUUCAAAAUGUAUUUUGUAUUGUUAAAUUACAUAUACAUUCUUCUAAUAGGUUUUAUUUUGUAUUUGUUCAAUUACAUAUACAUUCUUCUAAAAUGUUGCGUUUUGUAUUGUUAAAUUACAUAUACAUUCUUCUUAUAGGUUGUAUUUUGUUUUUGUUAAAUUACAUAUACAUUCUUCUAAAAUGUUGUGUUUUGUAUUGUUAAAUUAUAUUAUACAUUUUUCUAAACUCCUGUUCUUUGUGUUGUUAAAUUACAUAUACAUUCUUCUAAAAUAUUGUAUUUUUAUGCCCCCGGAUAGAUAGAUCGGGGUUAUAUUGUUUCUGGCCUGUCUGUCUGUCCCAAAACUUCAAGGUUACAGUAAAGUUUUGCAAUAACUUUUGAAAUAUUGAACAUAGGAACUUAAUAUUUGGCAUGCAUGUGUAUCUCAUGGAGCUGCACAUUUUGAGUGGUGAAAGGUCAAGGUCAUCCUUCAAGGUCAAAGUAAAAAAAAAAAGAAAAGCGGUGCAUUAGGGGGCGUUGUGUUUCUGACAAACACAUCUCUUGUUCAUUGUAAAAUUACAUAUAAAUUUUUGUAAAAUAUUGUAUUUGUAUGUCUCCCACCACUAUAGUGGGGGAAAUAUUGUUUUUGCCCUGUCCGUUUGUUUGUUAGUUUGCCCCAACUUUAACAUUUGCCAUAACUUUUGCAAUAUUGAAGAUAGCAACUUCAUAUUUGGCAUGCAUGUGUAUCUUAUGGAGCUGCACAUUUUUAACGGUGAAAGGUCAAGGUCAUCAUUCAAGGUCAAAGGUCAAAUAAAUAGAUCAAAAUCGCUCAUUUAAUGUACACUUUUGCAGUAUUGAAGCUAGCAACUUGAUAUUUGGCAUGCAUGUGUAUCUCAUGGAGCUGCACAUUUUGAGUGGUGAACGGUCAAGGUCAAAGUCAUCCUUCAAGGUCAAAGGUAAUAUAUAUGGGGACAUAGUGUGUUUCACAAACACAUCGCUUGUUAAUUGUUAAAUUACAUAUACAAACUAAUAAAAUGUUGUUUUUUA